AGCGGGCCGGCAGCGAACGGAGUCCGGGAAUUGGCUGCGCCAGGAGCUCAGUCUUUCCUGGACCGAGGGGCUGGACGCGGCCAGGACGCCUUAGGAAGACUCCAGGCACCGGCCGGGGGGACAGCGGUCAGGACAGCGGCCCCACCCUCCGGAAAAGUGGGGGCAGAAGUUUGGAGGUGAGCGCCGGGAGCCCCGCGCGCGGCUGUUACGCAGGACUGGACCUCGGUUUCUUCUGGGGCGGACCAGGGCCACUGCCCCGCUAGCUGAGGCCACUGCCCCGUAAGACUGCCGGAGCUCUCAGCGCCUGUCCGGGGCUCCGGGGGAGGCCGUGGUCAUGGUGAAUGAAGGUCGCAACCUGGAGGAGCGCGAUGGUACCCUUGAACAGCAGUCCGCGCCGCCGGCGGACGACCCCAGCGCUCCCGCCCCACCUGCCAUCUCCACUGACCCCAGCGUCUCGACUCAUCCCAGCGUCUCGGCUCAUCCCAGCGUCUCGGCCCAUCCUAGUGUCUCGGCUCAUCCCAGCGUCUCGGCUCAUCCCAGCGUCUCGGCCCAUCCUAGUGUCUCGGCUCAUCCCAGCGUCUCCUUCCACCCCAGCGUCUCUGCCAACCCCAGCGGCUCAGCCUUCCCCAGCACCUUCGCCCACCCCGGUGACUUGACCCAACCCAGUAGCUCCGGCCGCGAGGACCUCAGUACGAUCAAGGUGAGCAGGCGCCGUUGGGCGGUGGUCCUGGUGUUCAGCUGUUACUCCAUGUGCAACGCCUUCCAGUGGAUCCAGUACGGCUCCAUCAAUAACAUCUUCAAGUACUUUUACGGGGUCAGUGCCUUUGCCAUCGACUGGCUGUCCAUGGUCUACAUGCUGACCUACAUCCCUCUGCUACUGCCAGUGGCCUGGCUGCUGGAAAAAUUUGGCCUUCGAAACAUCGCCCUCAUGGGCUCCGCUCUCAACUGUCUGGGGGCCUGGGUGAAGUUAGGGAGCCUGAAGCCACAUCUCUUCCCCGUCACGGUGCUGGGCCAGGUCAUCUGCUCGGUGGCCCAGGUCUUCAUCCUGGGCAUGCCCUCCCGCAUCGCUUCAGUCUGGUUCGGGGCUAAUGAAGUCUCCACCGCCUGCUCCAUAGCUGUCUUUGGCAACCAGGUUGGAAUUGCGAUUGGGUUCUUGGUCCCUCCUGUUCUGGUACCCAAUUCCAAAGACAAGGACAAGCUUGCCUACCACAUCAGCAUCAUGUUCUACAUAAUAGCAGCUGUUGCCACCCUGCUUUUCAUCCUUGUCAUCAUCGUAUUCAAGGAGAAGCCUAAACAUCCCCCCAGCAGGGCCCAAUCCCUGAGCUAUUCCUUAGUACCGGAAACUUCGUACUUAAAUCCCAUCAUCCGGCUCUUCAAAAACCUCAACUUCAAGCUGCUUAUCAUCACCUAUGGUCUGAAUACUGGGGCUUUUUAUGCCUUGUCCACUCUGCUGAAUCGCAUGGUGAUCUUGCACUUUCCGGGGGAAGAAGUGAAUGCUGGAAGAAUAGGCCUGACCAUUGUCAUUGCUGGAAUGUUUGGGGCUAUGAUCUCAGGUAUCUGGCUGGAUAGGUCCAAAACCUACAAGGAGACGACCCUGGUGGUGUAUGUCAUGACUCUGGUGGGCAUGGUGGUGUACACUUUGACCUUGCCCCUCCAGCGUCUGUGGAUAGUGUUCAUCACCGCUGGCACAUUGGGGUUCUUUAUGACUGGCUAUCUCCCACUGGGAUUUGAGUUUGCUGUGGAGCUGACAUACCCAGAAUCGGAAGGCAUAUCGUCUGGCCUCCUCAACGUGUCUGCCCAGGUAUUUGGGAUCAUCUUCACCAUCUCCCAGGGCCAGAUAAUCGAAAACUACAGCACCAUGCUCGGGAACAUCUUUCUGUGUGUGUUCCUCGCCCUUGGAGCGGCCCUCACUGCACUCAUCAAGGCAGAUCUACGGAGGCAGAAAGCGAACAUGGAAUUUCCGGAGAAUAAACUCCAGGAGGAGGAGGAGAAGGUGGAGAAUGUGGAGAAAGCAGACAAUGUCACCAGCAAAGCACCCACCACUUUGUCUGAGGAGCAUCUCUGAGACGAGAAGGGGUUUGCAACUCAGGGAACACGGACAGCCCCCCGUCUUCCGUCAGCACAGCUCACUGCCAGCACCAGGGUCUUCACAGGGGCAGCUUGUGGAGGGAACCAGCUGGAAUAUUUGUGGCUUGGACGGCAGUGCCUAGCUUCUGGAACCCACUCAAGAGCCUGCACGGUCCAGUUGGGGGAAAUCGCACCUUUCACCAAAUGCAGAUUCGAUUCCCGCCCCUCCCCUUGUAGGUCUGGGAGCUGGUGUUGGGAGAGGCCGGUGAGUCCUGGAGUCAGUCCUGGCUUUGUGCCUUGCCUUCCCUCUUCACCUCCAUCCCUCAUGGAGAAAGCCUGCAAAAUUAUCAUGGAAAGAAAGCUUAUUCAGAUACUAACUUUUUCUAGUGUCUCAAGACCCUUAGAAGCCCGAUUCUAAGGAGCCGCAGCUGCGCUGGAUGAGGGUCAUUCUGGGGUCACUGGACCGACCGCCAACAUUCUGUGGGAGAGGAAGCACCAUCGGAACAAGCCUGCGGGUCCUCUGGGCCUCUGUCCUCCUGGCCUAAAGUUGGGGGCUGUCUCCAAACCCUCUUUCUUAAGAGCUGAUCAAACCAAACACCAAUAAAACUUGAGAAAGACUUUGUUGUAGCCUGGAAGGAGAAACUGAUUUGGGGAAGGUAGCCCCCCGGGUGGGGGUGGGUGAGGGUGCUGGGGGCUACCUGCUGGGUGUGUUUGUGCAGGCCCGUAUUUGGGAACUCAGGGAGCUCCAAUAGGGAACGGGGACGUUCUUUUCUACAAAAUCAACCCUUGCCCAGAGAUUCUGUGUGUCGUUGUCACCUCUGACACCUUCAUGUGGACGCUGCCUAGGGGAACUAGGUGUUUGUUUUCUCUGGAGAGAGGUGAGACCAGCCACUGUCCUGUAACCUUUACUGAAAAUGAACCCCGAUCCCUGCCAUGCUGAGAAAUCCAAAGCUGCUUCUGAGAUGAGAGGGAAUGUGGCCUUUGACAUGGGGAACCGGAUCUGCUUGAAUGAAGCGUAUCCCCCUUGGAUGGGGACGGUAUUUGUACACCCACCCCCUUCUAGCACUAACCUUUUAUCAGACGUUCCGGAUCUUAGGGGAGCCCCUUUCAGCCAGCCCAAGCUGACCCCCUCGCCUGCUGAACCUGCUAUCUGGCUAUACUUACAGGCUUGGGUGGGCAGCAUCUCCUGAAAAGAAGACAUUUUGGUAAUUUCUCCGGUACACUGAGCAGCUGCAGGCAGGACCAAUGUGCUGGUUUGCUGUGGCUACUGCCCUGGACACAGCAUGCCAGAGCAGCCUGUGCUGGCAACAGAGCUGGGUGCUGGGGCCACUGCCAGAGAAACUGGGGUGUGUGUGUACGGACACUGGAUGUAAUAAAAGAAGUUCACACUGCGGGUGGGGGGACUGAGUGAGGGUGGAGAGAAUGCCUUACGUUUUUUUUUGUGUUUUUUUUUUAAAGAGAUAUGUUUUCAUUAAUUUUUUAGAGAAACAUCGAUGUGAGAAAUAUCAAUUGUUUGCCCCCCAUACGUGCCCCGACCAGGGAUCGAACCCCCAAAACCUAGGUAUGGGCCCUGACCUGGAAUUGAACCUGCCACCUUUUGGCAUACAGGUUGACACUCCAACCAACUGAGCAGCCCGGCCAGCGCAGUAUGCCUUCCUUUUUGACAGGGAGAAAGGUGUUUACUCAUCAUUCCCUCAAAAUGUGUUAACAAAGGGUUUACCAAAUCCGUUGCUUUGUUUUGAAACAUAAUUUGCGUUUUUCUAUUUGUAAACCAGAUGCUGUGAAGCAAUAAAAGAUUUUCCAAGUGG